AUGGGUGCCGACAUGGCUAUGGAAUACAGAAUGUUAAGUACAACUAUCAAAAUAAACGGAAAACGAGUUCGUAAAAGAAAGAUAGAAAUUAUUAAACGAGUCUAUGACGGAAUCGAAAGGAACAAAACAGGGAACAAGGAUCGAAAGGAAGACGGAAUACGAAAGGAACAAAACAGGGAACAAGGAUCGAAAGGAACAGAACAAGGAACAAGAAUCGAAAGGGACAGAGCAACGAAUAAGAGAAUGCGGCUAUCGAGGCUGCUACGGCUAGCUGCUGUUGAGGUUGUUGCGGCUGUUGCGGCUGUUGAAACAGCUGUUCAUGACUGGUGA